GGCUUGUGUAUCUUGUCACUGAUCGCUUUUGCGAGAGUCGUGUCGACCCAAGUGUCGAUAUUUUCCAUCCUUCUUUCCCCCCAAUUAGACGUUCCUUUUCCUAUCAUUUUUGGAACAAGGAAUACGGCCCCGCCACCGGCUGCAACUAGUUAUAUUGAACAGGUGACUGGACGACCACCCAGGCAUUGGGAUAUUGAGCUGGCAUUCUAUCGGAUUCCAUUGUUUCUCGAUCAGCGUUCUUUCCUGGGAAUUAAGAGAACAAGAGAUAUACAGAGAAGAGUUUUCGUGGUUGAACUACGUCUCGUCGAAUUUUCCAUGUCAACAUCCAACGACUUUUCCAUGUCCAAACUCUCUUUGAAUUCCGACUCAGAGUCAACGGAAGACUGGGAUCGCUCAAUGUCCCAGGACUCUCAAUCAUCGCAAUCAUCGCCAGACAAUUCAGAGCCAAAGACACCGCGAAAUUCCGUAGUGUUUCCUCGCAAUGGGAAUGGAGAAACAGAAUCCACGCCAUGCACAGGUGGCCGUCAGAAAAGAUCACUCUCCGAACUUCUUCGUCUACAUGCUGAAAAGGGGACAGAAUGUUCAAUGUCGCCUGAGGAGGCAGAGCGGCUAGGCGAUGUGUUGGGGGAAUGGAUAAACGCUUCUUUCUCGCCGUACGAAGGCGAAGACGAUUUUUUCCAGCGGAGCCGCGAUGACAUGUCGAUACGUCAGAGUCCUAAUCCGAGUACUACUUCGAUACGACCGCGAGGGCAGAGCGAAAGUGUCCGCAGCAAAUCAUAGUUUUGAUAGAACGAAGUCCUUGGCGAGUUUUGAAUCUGGUUUCUUCAUUUUCGUUUGCAAAGCUUACUUACGAGCUUUAACACCCCGGUGGUUUUUCCAAGCCACCGCACUACGAUCCCAUUACUUCCCAUUCAUUGCUUUUGUGUAUCAUUGCUUUCCAGUUUCUUGCUUGUUGCAUUAACUUAUCUCGCCUUUUGCCCCUCCGCUGAUCCCACCUCUCCCACCGUACAUCCUUGCGCCACACUCUAGACUAUCGUCGCGUCCGCUUUCCCCCUCCAUUCUAAGUAUCUGCCUAAAGCAUAUGCGAUGGAGUUCUUCUAUGUUUUUCUGUUGUAACGAUUAUGUCACGACUUGCGACGACUGCGACGAAUCGAUAGAUCUCAUGAUUCUGC